AUGCCGAGUCAAGAGCCGUCCGAAGCCGCCAAGAAGCUGGAAAAGCGUAAGUUCUACAGGCCAAAGAAGCCCAACAAUUCUGCCGGCGAGGCUGCGAAGAAGAGCGACAACCUCACAAGACUACAGGCGAAUCCUGGAGACACCGACGUGGCAUUGGAGGGCUCUGUGGGUACUGGAGCUCUCUAUUAA